GCGGCGGGGAGAGCGGCGCUGGGGCGGGCGGCGGGCGGGCAGCGCCGCGCACACGCGUGCGGGGCCGCGCUGGGGCUCGGGGUGCCCAUGCGGCGCCGGGCAGAGCCGAGCCGAGCCGGGCCAGCGCCAGCCAUGCAUCCCGGCUCGCCCGCGGGCACAUGGGGCAGCGCUUGAACCGCUGCCUCGAUGUCCCCGUCGCGCUGCCGCCGCUGAGGCGGAGGCUCCUGCUGCUCUUCAUCAUGCUCUUCCUCUGGCUCUACAUGUUCUACUCCUGCGCCGGCUCCUGCGCCGGGCUGGCCGCCCGCGGCUCCCCCGCACCGCCCCGCGCCGCCCCGCCGCUGCCCCAGCUGCUGCCGCAGGCUCCGGGGGCGGCGGGCGAGGAGAGCAGCCUGGAGGAGCAGCGGGCAGCGCCCGACGCCGCCAGCCCCAUCUCCAGCUUCUUCAACGGCUCCGGCACCAAGCGGCUGCCGCAGGCCAUCAUCAUCGGCGUGAAGAAGGGGGGGACGCGGGCGCUGCUGGAGUUCCUGCGGGUGCACCCCGACGUCCGCGCCGUCGGCGCCGAGCCCCACUUCUUCGACCGCAACUACGAGCGGGGACUCGCCUGGUACAGGGACCUCAUGCCCAGGACCCUGGAGGGGCAGAUCACCAUGGAGAAGACCCCCAGCUACUUCGUCACCAAGGAGGCCCCUGCCCGCAUCUCCUCCAUGUCCAAGGGCACGAAGCUCAUCGUGGUGGUGCGGGACCCCGUGACCAGAGCCAUCUCGGACUACACCCAGACGCUCUCCAAGAAGCCCGACAUCCCCACCUUUGAGAGCCUGACCUUCAAAAACAGGACUACGGGCCUGAUCGACACCUCGUGGAGCGCCAUCCAGAUUGGCAUCUACGCCAAGCACCUGGAGAACUGGCUCCUCUACUUCCCCAUCGGGCAGAUCCUCUUCGUCAGUGGGGAGAGGCUGAUCAGCGACCCCGCGGGGGAGCUGGGCAGGGUCCAGGACUUUCUGGGCCUCAAGAGGAUCAUCACCGACAAACACUUCUACUUCAACAAAACCAAGGGGUUCCCGUGCCUGAAGAAGGCGGAGGGCAGCAGCAAGCCCCACUGCCUGGGGAAGACGAAAGGCAGGACCCACCCCGACAUAGACCAGGAGGUGGUGCAGAGACUGCGGGACUUCUACCGGCCCUUCAACAUGAAGUUCUACCAGAUGACGGGGCAGGACUUCGGCUGGGACUGAGCCUGGCGUGAGAAAGUCCCCUGUAAUUACUUGCCCAGCACGGUUUGCGUAUAUAAAGAGAUAUAUAUGUAUGUAAAAUGUACAGAAAUCUAUUUUAUAAUAAUUUAUUUUUAAUUCCUAAGCAAUUAAUUCACUAAGCUGCCUAACCGCACUGGCUAGAACGGUAGCCCGUAACCUGUUUAACAUUCCACGGUGUUUAAUUCUAAUAUGUCUUUCCUGUUUGUUUUUUUUCCCUCCCUUCUGUUUUCUCCUCUUUUUGGUUUGGUUUGUAACAGACGGUGCUUCCAUUUUUCCUAAACAAAAUUUGUAUUUAAAAAAAGCAAAAAAAGUGAGGGUGGCAGGGGAGGGGCAGGGGGGGAGGGAAAGCAUAAAUUUAUUUUUGUUACGGGUAUCUGGCCUUUAUAAACACUUGCUUUCCCUAUUCCGGUGUCCCAGUCUCUGCUCCGGUGUUGUGCUCCCUUGUCCCACAGCUUCCCAGUUGGUCCCGUGGCCACGGGGGGGUUUCUUUGGGGUGGGUGGGAGGGAGGCUGGGCAUCUCCCUGCGACCUGCAUCCUUCUGCUGAGCAGCAGCGUGUUUUACUGGUGUCCGUAAACCGCAGGGAACCCCAAGCCACACAGCUCCGGCUCCACAGCCCGGGUCUCUGCCGGGAGGGCAACGAGCUCUUUUUCCCGUGGAGAAGCCGCCGAGCCUGUUGCAUGGGCAGAGCUGUCUCCCCAGUAUGAUUUUCCUUCUUGCCUCUUGUGAAGGAGGCUCUUUCCCACGAGCCCUCUAUGCAUUUUAAAUCUUUGCCACAGGACAAAUAUAAAAACACACGUGUCUGUAUGUGACACGCCGGGUGCUGGUCUGAAUGACUGGCAAGACGCCUCUGGCUGGGCGCUGCUGGGAGGUGGCUGCGCCUGCAGUGUGAGGAGCAGCGUCCACGCACCAAAGAGGCCGGCAGAGCCACGGAGCCGCGGGAAAACCCCAGGUCUGUGCUUGGUGCCAUCCCCAGCAUGGAGGGUGUCCCAGGACACGGCACAGGCAGCGCUGCCUCCACCCCCACAGCCGCCGGAGCAGCUCCCAGUAUGACACUGGGGAGCAUCGACCUUGGCUCUCUUCGUUCCUGUUACUUUUUGGUCCAACAGCAUGGUGUCUCCCAAGGAACAGCGUUUUCCUAGAGCCAGGAAGAAGUGCUGCUUUGCCAACAAGGAUGCAUCCGUAGAAAAGCAGAGGGGAGUCUGGCUGUACUUGGGUUGGGGCAUCACUGGCAGCCGGGUGCCUCCCCGAUGCCCUGGGGGAGCACAGGGGUGGCAGCCAGGCAGAACAGGGAGCUCCAAGCACUUAGUCGUCAACCUGGGUGCAAUAACCUGGAAUUCUUACCCCUCAGGUGGAACCAAAUACUUCAGGACUUUAGGACAGGUUGGUGGGUCUGUUCUGAGAGCUCUAGCCAUGUUUUGUGUGCUCAGGGCGUUUUGAUAAGCACUGUGUGUGUCCGAUACAUUAUCGUUACUGUCAGAGGCUCUGCUAGCUCAGCUGGAAUGUCUUUGGAGCAAGGUGGCAGCAGAAGCGAUUUAUUCCUUGGAUUUUUAACAGAAGUUGGGUUUCGUUGUCUUUGGGCAACAAAAAAACCACACACCUCGCCUGCAGCACUGAAGUGAUGUACCGCACCGAGCGCGGAGCUUGCUGAAUAAAUAUCACCAUGUUGCCGUGGGAGCACUUGCAUGAAGCAGGCAGUGUAAAGUAAUACUCGAAACAGCAAAUGCAUCAGCCGGGAGAGCAUAUGUGAGUUGAGUUCAUGCUCUAGUUUCAUACACAUCGCCUAUAGAAAUGCGUGCCCUGCACCUCUCCCCAGUCACCCACAGCAAAGCACCUUUGAGGACCGCGCUGCUGAGCCAUGCCCAGCUUGCGGGGGGUGCAGUCAGUGGCAUUUCCCAGAUUUUUUUUCCCAGCCUCCUCGCUCUUGCCUGCCCCUUACAGCUCUCUGCUGUGGCUGUUGGGUGAUAAAAAGGCUCUUCAGAGCCUGGGCUGCUCUCCCCGGGUCUCGAUCUGGUCCCUGCUCAGGCAGAUGCAGCAAAGAGCAGACCCACCUGGGGCCCCGCCGCGGGGAUCUGCAGGUAAAGUGCUGGUUUAAAUGGUUAAACCUAAGGGCUCUUGGCUUGGCUCAGCGCUGUCACAUCUCCAAAGGGAUUUAGGGACUCACACUCCUUCAGUGUGGGAUCACACAUGGGGUGCAGCACACGGGUGUCCUCAAGGACAGGGAGAUGCUGAGUGUGAUGUCAGGGCUGAGCUGCCUCACACACACGCUGUGAGCAGCAUGCAAAUCCCUCCUUGGGGCUGGCCUCCAAGCACAUCUUCCUACAAACCGGGAAAGUUGGGCUAAUCCCUUCCUUUCUGCCCUGAGCCAUUCCUAGCUCUGAGGCGAUGCUGUGAGCCCACUCGCAGAGCUCACAGGCUGAGCACGGGACCGCCGGGCUGUGCAGGCUGGCAGACCAUGCGCAGCCCCCGUCCUGCAGAACGCGCUGCAGACCUGGAGUGGUGCUUGGAUCUGUGCCUGUCUGGGGUCCUUGGACCUUGUGCCAGCCGGGUCCCCGGCUCUGUUCCCUGCUGCCAGGACAGGUGAUGAAUGCACAAGCGUCUCUGCUCUGUCACAGACCCUGCUGCUGUUGGGUGACUGAGGGGAAGGGGCUGCAGGGUGGGAGGAGAAGAAAACCCUUCCUGGGGGAAGAGAGUCAUUUCUGCUUCUCAAAAUCUCAGUCUUCCUACUAGCUGGCUUACACGAUGUGUGUGGGAAGAAGCUCACCCUCUGCACGGCCCCUGGCUGAGCUGCCAGCCGCCACCGCGCCGCUUCCCCAAGCGCUUUCUCCGGCUGAGCCCAUCGCUGUGUGGCCAGAGCCACCAGGACCCGCCGCGCUGGCGUGGCCUCGUCCUCCUGCCCCUGUGCUUCCCCCCGAGCCCCUCUCUGUGCCUGCUCUUGAACGCUGGAAGGUUUCGCAACCCCUGCGUCUUCCUCCUUGCUUUCUUGGAAACAACUUUCUAACACCCCGAUGCCUUCCCCAGCUGUACGGCAGCGCGGGCGUGAUGUGUCUAACCAAGCCCUGCUGCAGAACGCUGCCAUGGAGCAACCUCGUUGGAGAGCAGCAAUACAGAGUGAAUAAUGACUCUUCUAACCUUAAGCAAAUUGUUAGCCCUGCCUCAACAUCCUUCCUAAUGAAGUCUGCACUAGACUUUUAAUGUAAAGGCCUUACCUAAUAAAUAGGACGAUGAAAGUGAAUUCCCCAUUGUGUACAUCUGGUUGCUAAUGCUGGAAUCAGUGCUAUUGUCAUCGUUUUUUAAAAAUACCUUUUUUUAUUAUUAUUUUUUAAGUUAAGCUUGGAGGUGUGAUUAGAAGUUCUUUUUUUAAAAAAAAAAAAUCAUAUUGUAACAUUAAUUUAUGGCCGAGUUUCAUUCAGUCCUGUGUUCAGACGUGCAGUACAGGUAUUAGUGAUGUGUUGUCUGUAACAUGGUACUGUAGAGUAGCCAAUUUGUAAGAAAAAGAACAAAAUGGAAAGAAAAACAAAAAAAUGCCACAAAAAAAAAGUCUGAAAAAAAAUGAAAAUGUAAAUCAAGUAUUUUGUGGUACUUACAACACAAAUUAAUUUUACAUAAAGAUGUUUCUAGGAAAAUGAAAUUCUGAUAAUUCAUACUGUUUGUAUGAACAAAUAAAAGCUAUAUUUUAUGAA